AUGUCGUCUUCAACAUCAGACCCGUCAUCUCCAGCAUGGAAAGCCAUCGCGGCACGCAAACAAGCCUCUCGGUGGUCCCGGAUCCCAUCGCAAUGGCACAUCCCCUCCUCCAUCCUCCCGCAUGACCCUCCAACCCUCUCCCACGGUCCCCAGAACGUUCUGAACACCCCCCGCCAAUUCCUCUCGCACUCCGAGAUCGAAAUCACCGAGUCCUACACCGUCGAGACCCUGCUCUCCGCGCUGGCCACAAAGAAGCUGUCUUCCCAAGAGGUGGUCUCGGCCUUCUGCCACCGCGCCGCCAUCGCGCAGCAACUGACAAACUGCCUGACGGAGCCGUUGUUCGAGUCUGCCAUAUCGCGCGCAAAGGAAUUGGAUACAUACCUGAGCCAAAACGGGAGGCCGUUCGGGCCACUUCACGGAUUACCCAUAUCCGUCAAAGACACAUUCAACAUCAAGGGCGUGGACACGAGCAUCGGCCUCGCUUCGCUAUGCGAGAAACCCGCGUCCCAGAACGCGCCCUUGGUCAAUUUGUUACUCUCACUAGGCUGCGUGAUCAUUGCCAAAACAAACAUCCCACAGACGCUCGCCUCGCUCGACAGCGUCAACAACGUCUUCGGUCGGACCAUGAACCCCAUAAACCGUCUCUGCACGGCGGGCGGCUCCAGCGGCGGCGAAGGCGUGCUGGUUGCCAUGAAGGGGAGUAUCAUUGGGAUUGGGACUGACAUCGGUGGCAGUAUCCGUGUCCCUGCAAUGUGUAAUGGAUUGUACGGGUUUAAGCCGUCAAACAACCGGAUCCCUUACGGUGGGCAGGCACUCACGGGAAGGGAAGGAAUGAGUCGCACGAGCGUCCAGGCCGUGGCGGGACCGAUCGCGCGAUCUGUGAGGGACAUUGACGUCUUCAUGGCCGAGGUGAUUCCCCGAGCGACGCUAUGGGGGGAGGAUUGCAUGCCUUGUCCAUGGCCCUCGCCCUCGCCCUCCCUUUCUACCAGUGGUCCUCCUCCUCCUCCAGAGAUAAAAGGAAGCGGCCCGAACGGCGAACUAGUAAUCGGCAUUCUGCGGAGCGACGGAAACUGCACGCUCCUGCCACCCAUCACGUCCAUCCUCAACGAAGUCUCUGUCGCCUUGUCGAGCAGCACCAGCACCACCACAGGUACGAGAAUCCAGGUCAAAGAACUGCUGACCCCGCCGGCAUGGACGCGCUCACAGUCGGUCAUGUCGAAGCUGAUGGGCGUGGACGGCGGGGUGGUCAUGGACGCGAUGAUCAAGGCGACGGGCGAACCGCUCGUGCCGUGGAUGGGGACGCGGUUCCGGUCCGCGGGGAAAGCCCAGCCCCUGGAGCGCGUGGCCGAGUUGCAGGCCCAGCGCGCCCGGCUCGAGCGCGAGAUGCUGGACCUGUGGAGCGAAGUGGUGGACCACCAGACUGGCCAGCGGAGACAGUGUCUGGACGCCAUCGUCUGCCCCGUCGCGCCGCACCCGGUGCCCCCCAUCGAAGGCUACAACGCCGUCGGCAUGACUUCUUCCUGGGUCAUGUUCGACUACCCCGCCGGUACCGUGCCCAUCCGUCCCGUUGUCGAGGCCGAUCUGGAGCUUGGCAGGCCGUUGGCUGCUGGCAAUGUGCUCGGUAGCUGGGACCAAAAGUGCCGCGAGCUGUGGGAUGAGAAUGUCACAGAUCGCAGGGUGUAUCUCGACACGCCGCUCAGCGUCCAGGUCGUCGUGCAGAGGGGCAGGGAUGACUGGCUGUGCAAGGUCAUGGGCGUUGUUGACGAGGUCAUGAAGUCUCAAUCUGCUUCUUCGAAUAUCAAGGCGAGGUUGUGA